AUGAGUGAAACUCCUUCAACCAGUUACUCUGUCACCCAGCCCAACUCCUCCGAGAGCGAGCAGAGCUCACCUCCGCGCCACCUCAACGUCACGGAGCCUGUUGUGGCCAAGCGAAUCUGCUUCUAUAAGAGCGGAGAUCCCCAGUUUAAUGGGAUCAAAAUGGUGGUUAAUAACCGCUCUUACAAGACGUUUGAUGCCUUGCUGGACAGUUUAUCCAAACGGGUCCCCUUGCCUUUUGGAGUGAGGAACAUCAGUACGCCAAAAGGCAGACACAGCAUCACCAAUCUGGAGGAUCUCGAGGAUGGGAAAUCUUACAUUUGCUCCCACCAGAGGAAAAUGAAGCCCAUCAACCUGGAACAGGCUAGCAGAAAGCCACUGCCCUGGCAGAUCAGCAGGCCUGUCAGCGCUCGGCGUCGAGCGGUGCAGUUAGCGAGGGGCAGUGAGGAUGGGUAUGGGCAUCGGGAAGUCAGGAUAACGACUCCCAAGAAGAUGCUCGUUUUCAAAAACGGGGACGUAAGGCUCAGGAGAACCAUAGUCCUGGGGAAGAAAAAUACACAAACCUUUGAGGCCUUCCUGGAUUACAUGAGCGAGUUAAUGCAAUAUCCAGUUGCAAAGCUCUACACCACUGACGGCAGAAAGGUUCCUAAUCUUCAGGCCCUGAUAUUGUGCUCUGGAGCUGUAGUCGCAGCAGGAAGAGAGCCUUUUAAACCAAGCAAUUAUGAUUCCCUUGGGUAUUCACGGCCUGCUAAAUUGCUUGGAAUUGCAAAUCGUGUAUACCCAAAAGCAAAUGCCAAGUCAGAAAGUGAAAAUACGAGGGCUGAAAUGGGCUCUAGCUCAAGAUCUCAGAUAUUCUCAAUCUCUUCUGAUAAAGGGUCCAGUAAUGAUAACAACUCAAAUUAUAACAACUCAGAUUCUUCCUGUGUUCCUGGCAGUCAUAAUGGUAUAAUAGAAAAUCAUUUAGUUACUGGUCAAGACUUAUCUCUGGCACAAUAUGAAGAUGACAUUGAGAAAUCUGUUCACGUCAAUCAAGACGGCAGCAUCACAGUGGAAAUGAAAGUUAGGUUAAAAAUUAAAGAGGAAGAAACCAUUAAAUGGACAACCACUGUAAGUCGUGCUGGCCUCUCUGAUGGCAAAAAUGCCACCAUCUGCAGUUCUGAAAUGUGUGCAACCAAUGAAAAUGUACCAGAAUGUAUAAAACCAAGAGAUACUCCAGUUUUGAGGAGCUACAAGGAAGAAGAAGGAGACUCUUUACAGCAGUUCAACUCAGAAGUGUCGGACAAAGACUCAGAGGCUGAUCUAAAUACUGCUGUUUGUAGAAAGGACAGUUCUGCAGAUCUAGAUACAAGCAGUGUAGCUGAGGAUAAUAGCAAGCCUCGCUUUUAUAGGCCUCCUACCCCUGGGCCAAGGCGUGUUAGACAAAAGAAAGCAGUAGUUGAAAGUGUCACGCUGGUGUCUGAGCAAGAGGUUCAGGAGAAGACAGUAGGACAGUUUUCCUACAGUGAGGAAAUACAGAAUGGGGAAAAUAAAUCUGAGUAUUGCAUGGUAGCUCAUUCCAGCAGGAAGAAAUCAAGUGUCAUUAACCCAAAAUAUAGUGAGACAAGCGACAGUGAUUUGUUAAAGCUGUCUUCAGAUAACGUAAAAGAAGAAAUGCAUUUUAAAGUGAGCCACAGAAGUAGUGAUUUAAUAGAAACCACAAACAGGAAGACACUAGAAGUGCCUGAUGAGGAUGAAUUAGUAGAGAAUAUAGUAGAGAAGUCAGUUGUGGAACAAGGUAUGUACAGUAGUUUAGUGUCAGCCCACAAAGCUAACAUCAGAGGUUUCAUCCCAUCAUCCAAAACUUCCCAGGCAGCUAGGCCAGUUUCAGCAGACUGCAUCCAGGCAUCAUGUGAUAUUAAACAAAUCAAAAGGUCACUGAGUUCUUUUGUUAGAUAUUCAGAAUUUCGGCAAUCAAAAGAAGAAAUAAAAUGCAGUGCUGGUGAUUUAUUGCCUGCUUCUCAAGAUUCAGAGCAUUCAGCCUGUUCUGGGCACAGCCAGAUGAAGAUGAUGGUACCUCCAUGCAGUGAAGCUCCUACUGAGAAAAAUCCAACAACUGGAUUCUCCCCUGCUGUUACUGACAGCGAGGAUCUAGUCAGUGUCAGCACUGAAUCUGUGAUGACAACACAUCUCAUUGAUGACAGCCAUCCUGCAUCUUCCCUCACUAAAAAGAAGAAGAGAAAAUCACCUAAUCUUCAUGAGCAAGGUACAUAUGAAAAUCAAAAAGAUAAAGACCUUUCAGGGACAAUUAAAAGUGAGGGAAUGCACACAAGUGAAACCGCACAGGAUUCAGCAAAGGCAGCUAUGGGUAAUUCCUCUGAAAUGCCUCAGAAAGAGGGAACAGAAUUGCUUGUAACAAACAACAGUGGGGCUGUCAGUUCAGGCAAAAGGAUAUGCCCUGAAGAUGAGUUCUACCACCAAGAUUCAGUGGAACAAAAUGGAUUAUCAUUGAACAAAAACACCAUCAGUACUAACAAAAGGUCAGCCAAGGUGAAAUCCAAGUCAGGCAAAAAAAAGAGCAUUGGUUCAUCUGCAAAGAGUGAAGAUGGUCUGAUGAUGGUUGAUUCACACAAUGAAUCUCAACACAGUCAGGAUACUCUGAGUACUGGGAAACCAGACACACGUCUCACGAACAGCUCCCUUGAGCAGACACCUAACUCAUUGGUGAUUUCAAAGCCCCUGUCAGAAGUGCCAAAGAAUCUUAACUCUGAAAAAGAAAAUAGUACUUUGGAAAAAUUGUCUUCCAAGAAAGAGAAAAAGCAGAAGAGGAUGAACAAAAACAUAAGUAAAAACGCAGAUAAGUUAAAAAUGCCAGAGAGAGCCAUUACAUUAGAGGCUCUAAAACAGAAGGACUUUCAAAAUGACCUUGUUGAGCAUUCACUUGAAAACUAUGUCCAAACUUGGCUGAAAAAUGUCUUACCAAAUUCUGUCUUACCAAAUUCUGUCUUACCCCCUAUAAAAAAAAGAGAAAGGAAUGUAGAGAACAGUAGUGACUGUAACGUUCCUAAAGACAAUACUGAUGCUUCUAUAGACAGAGGGAUCAAGUUUAUUACAAACAAAGUGCAUCUAAUGGAACAUAAUCUAACAAAAAAAAAAUUAAAGCCUAUUUGUGAAUUGGGAACUUUAGAAGUAGCAGCCAAAGAUUCAGGUGAAAAACAAACUGACUCUUUGAUUCAUGCUAAUGCAACUGUAGUAGAAGAAGCCAAGUACACACUGAAGUCAGAAUUGCAUCACGAUGGUCAACUACAACUCUUCCAUGAAACACAGGACAAUGAGAAAAAGAGAUCAGAAGCUAAUAUUCAAGACACCAACCUAUGUCAAAUAAAAAAGUCUGAAGUUGCUGUUCAAGUUGAUUACACAAUUGUCAAAGAGAAAAUGGGGAUUGAUGUUCAGAAUAACUGUGUGUCUAGCAUCUUGCUGCAUGAGCUACAAUCAGCUUUGCUUGGUCUCCAGAAAGACCAUAAUGGGUGUAAAGGAAAAGCUUGCAGCCUUUCAGAUCUUUCUCCUGCAGCUUUUGGUUGUUCCUCCAAUGUCCUCCUAGCUUGGCUACUUGUACUGAAUCUGAGAGAGAAUUUGAUUGGGACGGUUAAAGAUGAUCUGCAAAAAACUACCUGUAGCUGUUCUGAAAUCUUUACACAGUUACAGUUUCUGAAACAAACUUCAGUCACAGAAAAAGUUGAUGAGCUGAAGGCUGCCUUUUCACAUUUACAACAAUCCACAGAAAACAACUUGCUACACUUUGGGAGGGAACUGAAAAAUCAGGACUGCACACAUUGCUGUGAAAAUACACCCAAACCUGAAAUUCCUAAUGAUGUAUAUCUGCAUGAAAAUGAAAAACCAGAGGAGCUUUGCCUUACAAAGGACAGUGCAAAUUCUGAGGAAGCUUUGCAUUUGAGUGGGGAAAUAGAUAACUCUUUUGAUACAGAGAAAGAUCUUUGCGGAGAACCAGAGAUUUUAGAUUUGAGUGCUCCCAGAACACAGCUAGAUGAUCAAGAUGCCAAUACUAACUCAAAUACCUGUAGCCUUGCAUCAGCUAUAGAACCACCUGAAAGAAGUGAAGAGAUGUCUGAUAGCCUAGAUAAAAAAUCUCAAGAUCAAGGCACUGAUACAUCAUUUGCUAAUGAAGAGUCAGAAACUUCAGUAGAACCUAACUCGACAGUUCAUAGUGUAACUUCUAAUGAUAAAAGUCGUGGUUUAGAUCAGGAUAUUUCUGAGUUAGAAGGUGAAAAAGAUGCUCUAGGUGUUACCACUGAUAAAAGUGAAGCUGAGAAAGUUGAUUCAGAGUCAGCAGGUAAUGCCAAACCCCCGAAUAACCAACUUGAACUAGCCACUGAAACCUCUGCAGAAUAUAACAAUGAGGAUUAUUCUGUACAGGAAGACAAGGAAGAUGCAGAAACAUCUGAGAGGUUGUCUACAGUCUCUCCACUAUCAUUUUGUUAUGAAUCAAAGCAAAUGACUGAAUGUGACGUGAGCGAAGGUGAUCAGAAAUUGCCUGUAGAAGAAGUGGAGAAUAAACUGCUUUCAGACACUUCCCAGUUGCAAAAGUGCUUAAAGAGCCCUGCUACUUCAGACUGGUCAGAUUACAGACCAGAUAGCGAAGAGACUGAUUACAACAUGAGAGCAUCCAGUGAUUUAACCAAUGAAAGUGAGGAUGAAGCAGCAAUUGAGAAGCAUUAUAAUACUGGCUAUGUCAAAAGAACUAUCGAGCGGCUUUAUGGUAAGUCAGAAGCUUCCUUUAAGCCUGAAUUUCACAAAGGAUUUCCUUAUUUGUCUCAAGUAUUUCAAAAAGACACUGAAGAAUUCCGCUCGGCAGUGAUGGAGAAAACCAUUUCUUUUUCUCAAGGACCUCAGUCUUCUGUAGAGAAGUUGUCCUAUUCUUCACUGCCAUCCCAGGAAUUUCCAGUAAACAUGAGCAAAGGUGGCACUAUAUCAAGAGGAGAAAAUACUUCCUUACCAACACCACAAGCUACUCCUGACAGAGAAGUGGCAAAUUACGUUGAUGACUGUUCAGGGGUAUCUCCAAAGCAGCAUUGUCAACCUAGUGUAAAAACUGAUGAGGAUGAAGGAAUAUUGAUAGAUAAAGGCAAAUGGCUUCUCAAAGAAAAUCACUUGAUAAGAAGAUCACCACCUGAGCGGACUGGGAUGUACGGUAAUUUGGAUACAACCUCGACAGACACAGUCCUUGAUGCCAACGGUGAUGAUGUUCCCUACUCUCACUUUGGCAAUCUGAACCAGUACCCAGUCUUCAAUGAGAUCUCAUCUUCAGAACUUGAAGAGUUGGCCAAACCCUCUGAAAAUAUUUGCAACUACUUCAAUAUACCUCACAACAGCGAUUCAGAUCCCUUUCAGGGUGACUUGAGUACAAAAAGCAAACCUAGCCGCAGUGAUAAGGUUGCUCCCUUUCCUGCAGCAAGCAAAGAGAAAAAUACACCCUCAACCAUGGUGGGUUCUGCUUCCACACAGGCUGAUUCCAGUUACCCAGCCUUUACAUCUGUGGAAUUUAGAUUGCCUGAUAACAAGGUGCAUCCAUUGGAACAGCCUUCAGAUGAUGAACCUGUACAGUCUCAGCCAACCGCUGCCAGUAACACUAAUAGAAACGCUCUCCGGGAAGAAGAUUCUCUGGAUAAACUCCAUGCAAUAUGUGGCCAACAUUGUCCAAUACUAAUGGUGACUGUGACACCAAUUAAUGAGGAACAGAGAGGAUAUGCCUACCAAAAGGCAUCUGAUAUUGAGAACCAGCUGGGUCGAUGUUUGCUGGGCAAAAAGAGUAGGCAUUUGCAAUGGUCAGGUGAAGAUUUCCUAACAGAUGAAAAUGAGCUUGUGGCUCUGAAGAAUAACUGUAUCAAUAAGAUUGCCAAUAGUAUUUUUAAUAGGUUUUAUGCUAAUAACACCUUAGAUUUUAUUAGUGACUUUGGAGUACUUGCAUCUUGGACUCUGAAAGAUACAAGCAGUUCAUGGAAGUCACAGACUGUAGAGUAUAUGAAUGUAAAACCCAGGGAAAUCAGCCACUGUGAAAAUAAUGCACCCAAACACAUACUCAGUGAUCUUGUGUUAGUCACUAAUAGUGAGCUACCCAACAGAAAGCCAAAUGUCUGCCAAACUCUAAAAAUAAGCUUAAGUCAUGCUGUUGGAGAAAAAUUCUCCCCAGUGUUGGUGGAUCCAGCAGAACCCUCUCAUUCUGAAACGUUGCUGAAGGGUAACUCUUCUUUAAAGAACACUGAACUCAAUGCCUCUGAAAACCUAAGAAAUGGAAAUGCCUUUCCUAAAGACAAAGAAGAAGAAGAAGGAGAAGAAGAAGGAGAAGAAGAAGGAGAAGAAGAAGGAGAAGAAGAAGGAGAAGAAGAAGAAGAAGAAAUAGAAAUCUGCUUCUGUAUGAUGGACAAUGGAAAGAAUAAGGAUGAGAAAGACUUGUGAUAGAGCUUUUAGAACUUCUGUAGCAUUAGAUUAGUGAAAACACCUGCUGAAAAAAAAAAUUAAAAAUAUUGCAAAAUAAACUGCUGAAUGCCACAGCAAAUAAUGCCAGUCCAGCCCAGACCUAGAUAAAUGCAAAUCACAAUUGUAUAUCACUGCUGAAAUACAGA